GUUACAACCUCAUUUCAUAUCACCUAUCUUUUACCAUAGAGAACAUCAUCAACGGCGUUCAAUAUGUCAUAUCUGUCAUUUUAAUUUUAUUGUCAACAUAUGAAUAAACUAUUCUAUAAAUCUUAAUGAAUAUGUAAUUUAUAUCAGUGGCGACGAGGAUUAAAACAAAACUCGUUACAAAAUGAACAGCGAACAAUUUGACAAGUUUCUUACAUUGCAAGCUACACAACAGAAGCAAAUUUCAGACAUAUUACAAUUGUUGCUAUCGCAACAGCAAAACGCAACUGCCGCGGCUCCUACACCAACAACGACAAACGGCACGGAGUCACCUAGUUUUUCGAAUACUAACGGUAACAGAAACAAUGUUUACAACGGUUUUAAGAGCGACAAAUUCAAUCCAGACGAUACCGCGGUUGAAAAAUUUAUUGACUAUUUCGAAACAAAAUGCAAACUUUGGGGCGAGGAUGCACGCAACAUACAGAAGGAACUAUUUUUCACCUGCCUCUCACCGGAGAUCUUUCACGAAAUAAAGGUUGCACUUACACCACACUUUGAAGACAGUACAUACGCGGAUGUACGAAAUAAACUAAUGGACCUAUUUAGAAUAAAACGCACAAGAUAUAGAGCAUUAACGGACUUUUGGAACUGCAUACGUAAAGAAAAUGAAUCUAUGGAACAUUACGCUAACAGGCUGAAAGAAAUAAGCAAAGAUUGUGGCUAUAGCGAUGAUCUACUAGAGCGACAGUUACGUGACCGAUUUGCAACCGGGCUAAACCACGAACAAUUACAGAUCGAUCUUAAACAAAAAUGGCCUGAUCUACAAGACAUUCAAGAAGGUAAGAUGAAAGAAGUGACUUUCUCUCAGAUUUUUAGCGUUGCUCAAUCUCGGGAACGAGCAGAAGGCGAUACAGACACACAGGCCAAUGUCAAUAAGAUUAAAAGAAACUCCAAAUCUUACCAGAACACAUCACCGCGCAAAUUACGGACCCAUCAAUGUUUGAGAUGCGGUGAGCCCGAAAGACACCCAUUAAACCAAUGUACUGCCAAAACACAUACAUGCAAACAGUGCAACACACCAGGCCAUUUCGAGGACUGCUGCAUCAAAUCAGGUAAAGCAUGCUUACCUAAUCGAAACUAUAAACAAACAACAUUUACCAAAAGAAACAAGCUGCACAAACUUAAGCAUGACAGGAGUAGCAGCCACUCGUCUCAAUCUUCCUACUCAGACGUCAGCGGAGAUGAAACGGACAUCGUCUGUCAAAUAAGUAAAACGAACAGCAAGGACAGCAAAAAAAUUGAUGUUUUCAUUAACGACAUUCCUUGCACGAUGGACUGGGAUCCCGGUUCUCUCUAUUCGAUCAUUAGUACGCAAUUCUGGGUGCGUAUCGGAACUCCUUCCCUCAUAAAGGCUCCCAGCUUGCGCGCAUAUGGAAAUACAAGACUCAAACCAAAGGGUCUAACAAACGUUAGCGUACGCAUUCAAAAUGAGGAAAGACUACUUCCUGUUGUUGUCAUGAAGUCAGCAGACCCUAUGUUGUUCGGCCUUCAAUGGAGCGAAAUGUUCCAGAUGGAUUUUCCAAAACCAGUCUACUCGAUCAAGAAAACUCGACAGGAAGCCAUUACACUAAAACAAAUUCUGGACAAGCAUACAACACUCUUCGACGGAAAACUUGGAAAAGUAAAAGAUUAUCAAGUAAACAUACACAUCAAGCCCGAUGCACAACCGAAACACAUCACAGCCAGAUCAAUUAAAUUCUCAAUGAAGAAAAACAUAGAAGUUGAACUGGAUCGUUUGGUUGAAGAAGGAAUUAUAACCAAAGUAGACCCAAAUAUGACUCCGAUCCAGUGGGCAACACCGACAGUUAACGUGGUGAAAACCAAUGGCCAGAUCAGAAUCUGUGGUGAUUUCCGCAGCACACUCAACCCUGUUCUGAUAACACACGCACACCCUGUUCCUUUGUUUGAUCAACUACGCCAGAGUCUAGCGGAGGGUGAAAAAUUUUCAAAAAUUGACCUAAAAGAUGCGUACCUACAAUUUGAAAUUGAGCCCGAAUCUAAACAGUUCUUGACAAUAUCGACACACAAAGGAUACUACACCUACAACCGAAUGCCAUUUGGCAUUUCCACGGCCCCAUCAAUAUUCCAACAUUAUCUUGACAAGCUUCUGGAGGGAUUGCCAAAUGUAGCAGUCUACUUUGAUGACAUUGCAGUUACAGGAAAAAACGACAAAGACCACCUUGAAACACUACGUACCGUAUUUGAAAGACUGGAACAAGCUGGAUUAAAAGUCAAUUUAAAGAAAUGUACCUUUUUACAACCAGAAGUAGAAUAUCUUGGGCACACAAUUGACAAAAAUGGAGUACGCCCUACAAAAUCAAAGAUAGAAGCUAUCAGCAAAUCUUCCCCACCAACUAAUGCCAAGGAGCUACGAUCAUUCCUUGGAUUAGUCAACUUUUAUGAGCGAUUUAUACCACACUUACACAGUGUAUGCGCCGAUCUUCACACACUAACAGGGAACAGAAUGAAAUGGCAAUGGACCAACAAGGAAGCUGAGGCUUUUAAACGUGCUAAAUUAAUGAUUGUUCAUUCUAAAUCACUUGUAGCUUUCAAUGAUAAGUGCCCACUUUACCUAGCCUGUGAUGCUUCAGAGAAGGGCGUGGGCGCAGUGCUUUUUCACAUGAGGAAUAAUAUUGAACAACCAAUUGCUUUCGCAUCACGAAAACUCCGACCAGCAGAGUCAAAAUAUUCUGUCAUAGACCGCGAAGCUCUCGCAAUAUUUUUUGGGAUUAGAAAAUUUGACCAAUAUCUUCGUGGCACUAAAUUUACAUUAGUCACGGAUCAUAAGCCCCUGAUACACAUUUUGGGAUCUCAACGAAACUUACCCAAACUCGCCAACAAUCGCCUAGUACGAUGGGCUUUAAUAAUUGGUAGUUAUGAUUACGACAUUAAGUAUACAAAAGGUUGCAACAAUCUCAUCGCAGACUAUUUAUCCAGGAUGCCCAAUCCAGAGGAAUUACCUUCCAAGUCUGAACUCAAGGUCCACAAAAUUGUAGCGCGACUGCAAACUGAUAGCAUUGGCGAUCUUGCAUUAUCUGAAACCGUUAUACGAGAUGAAACGCGAAAAGAUACUACGCUUAAACGAAUAACUAACCUUAUAAAAACUGGUUGGCGUGAGCAUCAAUACUCAAACGAUGUAAAACCAUACGCCCGGAAGCGCGAUGAGUUGUCACUAGAAAACAAAAUAAUCAUGUGGCAAGGCCGUAUUAUUGUUCCUGACACUCUGAGGAAACCGACCCUAAAAUAUCUGCAUCUUGGGCACCCAGGCAUUUCAGCAAUGAGAGCACUGGCACGUUUUUACGUUUGGUGGCCAACUAUAGAGGAAGAUAUAGACACACAUGUAAAGACUUGCCACAAAUGCCAGGAAAAUAGGCCUAAUACUUCAGAUCUACCAAUCUUCUCAUGGUCCAUGCCAGACCAAGCCUGGGAAAGGAUUCACGUCGACUUUGCCGGACCAUUCGAAGGUUCAUAUUGGUUGGUUUUGUCAGAUGCUUUUUCCAAAUGGAUUGAAAUCAAGCCGAUGACCAAAAUAACGACAACCAAACUAUGUGAUGAACUGGAUACAAUUUUCACUACCUUUGGUCUACCCCAAUUUUUAGUGUCUGACAAUGGCCCCCAAUUCAUUUCUAAAGAAUUCCAGAAUUACUGUGAAAAAAACGGAAUUAAACAUAUCAAAUCGUCACCUUAUCAUCCGCGGACGAAUGGAUUAGCCGAAAGGCUUGUGAGGACUUUCAAGACCAGAAUGUCGUCAAGCACAAAAUGCCUCAAGAAACGUUUAGAACAUUUCCUUUUCGCUUAUCGCAUCACACCCCAUAGCACAACUGGCAAAGCGCCGGGCCAGCUAAUGUUUGGAAGACAACUAAAUUGUCUCCUUGACAAUGCCAGACCAAGUGCUAAACGUUCAUUACAGUAUAGACAAAUACAAGCGAAUGUUAACUCCGCUGACCAGACUCCAAACUAUAGACCGGGUGAUGCUGUGUAUGUGCGAAGCAGGGAACAACCGCGAUGGGAGCCUGCCACGGUCUCUCGACGCACACAUCGAUAUUCUUAUGUUAUUAACACUCCAGUUGGGGUGGAGAGGAGGUAUCACGCAGAUCACAUACGACCCCGUCUCCCUGACCUAGAAGAAAGCCCAGCUGAGAGAACUCCUAUGGUACCAGUUACAUCGUCAACACCAGUAUUGCAAGCCAAUGGAUCGACAGUGCCAUGCCCAGGGUCAGAAGCUGGAGCGAAAUCUCUUGGAGAAGUUGCCCCAGUUUGCUCUCCUCAGAAUGAGGCCAGUACGGCCACAGCCGCUACACCUAUGGCACCGCGUCGAAGCCGGCGUACCAUUAAACCACCUCGUCGACUAAUUGAUGAGAUGGACGUUUAAAUCUUUAGGGCGAACGAAUGUUACAACCUCAUUUCAUAUCACCUAUCUUUUACCAUAGAGAACAUCAUCAACGGCGUUCAAUAUGUCAUAUCUGUCAUUUUAAUUUUAUUGUCAACAUAUGAAUAAACUAUUCUAUAAAUCUUAAUGAAUAUGUAAUUUAUAUC